AUAUUAUUUAUUAUUAUUAGCAGCUUAUUAAUUAUGAAUAUAUUGUCAUUAAUUCCUAAUUUAGAAAUAAAAUAUAUCAUGCUCUUACUAAAAAAUCUCUUGCAGAUGUCGCUUUCAAUGCAUUUAUUUCUAGUGCUGCUGUUGUUGCCACAAACGAGCACAGCUGCAACGGCAGAACUGCCCCAAAUCAUUGAUGAGCUCAACACGCGACUCAAAGUUACCACAAACAUCAUCUACAAUCCGUAUCAAGAGGAACUGCACCAUCUACGCCAAAUAAAACCCACAACUCAGCUAAUAUUAAAUGAGUCAACUUUAAAUGCAACACGAAUAAUGCAACAAAUAGGCGAGCAAGUGAUCUUUGUGCUCUUUGUGAAGCAACCACCAAAUGAGCUCUUUAAAUGGCUAACUUUUCACUUUCAGUCUGCAGACUUUUUGCUGGUAAUCGAAGAGGAGUUUAACAUGCCCGAAAUGUGGUUGCAAUUUGUGGAAUUCGCCUGGGAAUUGGGCUAUAUGAAUGUGUUAUUUUAUUAUGCGCAGAACGAGCGAAUAUAUGAGAAACAAUUGUUUCCCCAACUAAAACUGGAAUUGAGCAAUGUGAACAAUUAUGUUGCAAAUCGCAAUCGCUCCAUUGAUUUGCAUGGCUUCGAGAUACGUGUGGCAGCCUACGCAAAUGCGCCACGUUGCCUCGUCUACGAUAAUGAACAUGGCCAACAGAUCUAUGGUGGUUAUUAUAUGCGAUUUAUACGACAUUUUCUGGCUGCUCACAAUGCCAAAUUUGUGGCCAUCAAUACGCCCAAUGAAUCGCCAGGACAUUGCAUAAGGGCGCUGCUCUCCCGCCACGUAGAUCUCUGCGCCGAUGCCUUGGCCCAGAAAUCGCAUAAUGCCAUUGUGGUGACGAACCCAAUACGAUUGGCCUAUGCCAAUAUAAUGGUGCCCAGUGCGAAACCAUUGAGAUCGUAUCGAUAUCUGGUGGCGCCAUUCCAUUCCACUGUGUGGAUCUGCCUGAUCGUCUAUAUAGCAUUUAUUGUAUUCUUUAUGAGCUAUAUACACUGGCAGCAGCAGCAUCGUUGGAUUUUUAGCACCUUUCUGCUGGAGACGAUCUGUUCGGUGUUGUUCACCGGAUUCGCAUUGAAGGAUCUGCAUGGACGAGAGCGAUAUAUCUUAUUUGGUGUACUCUUUGUAGCGGGCUUUAUUUACUCAACAUUCUAUUUGGGCUAUCUGAAGAGCAUGCUGACCACCGAGGUGUUUGAGCCACAAAUCGAUAACUUUGAGGACUUACUCCAGGCGAACAUAAGUAUUAUGAUAGAUGAAUACGAUCGGAAUUUGACGCGACGAUAUAAUUUGCCCAACAUGCUGUGGCCCAUAAUUAAGGUGGUCUCCGAUGAGACAAUGUGGCAACAUCGCAGUGGAUUUGAUGAGAAUUAUGCGUAUAUAUUGUUCAGCGAUCGCAUGGAUCUCUAUGACUAUGCCCAGAAGAUGCUGAGGCAUCCGCGAAUGCGUCGCAUUCCCAUCAAAAUAUUAUUUUUGUUUGCUGGCUUCCCGAUGCGCGACAGCUGGUUCUUGAAACAGCAACUGAGUUGGGCCUGGGCCAAUGCCUUCGAGAGUGGACUCGUGCAGAAGCUGAGCGAGGAUGCGGAUCACGAGACGAUGUCAUCGAGCGUGGGCUCUCUCCACUAUCUCAUCACCGAGGACUAUGAGACCGCAACACCGUUGGAUCUCGAUUAUUUCGUCAUGCCGGCCAUGUCGUUGGGCCUGGGCUACGUUCUGGCACUGCUCACCUUUCUCGUCGAGCUGUUGGCCUGGCGCAUGCGAAGGGAGUCAACGUUGGCCACUUCGUCAGCGUUGAUUGAUUGA